UGGUCUCCCAGCAACAAAGUGUAAAUAACUCGGCGUUUUUUCCUUUGGCCAGGGCGCAUGAGAGAGUGGAAGAGCAAUGAAUGAAACAUUGGUUUGACCCUGGUUAUUUAAUCAACUUAACUUAAGGGACGUCUCGUACAUCCUGUAAACAAGAUACCAACGCUCAAUUAAAGACAGGCAGCUGAUGGUUGCAGGCUAGUCAAUGGGGCUGUUUGACAAGUUGGCAGGAUGGCUGGGGUUGAAGAAGGAGGUGAAUGUGCUGUGUCUUGGUCUGGACAACAGUGGAAAAACCACAAUCAUCAACCACCUCAAACCCUCAAAUGCCCAGGCACAAGACAUUGUCCCAACCAUUGGUUUCAGUAUAGAGAAGUUCAAGACAUCCAGUCUUUCCUUCACAGUGUUUGACAUGUCUGGUCAAGGCAGAUACAGAAACCUUUGGGAACACUACUACAAGGAAGGCCAAGCGAUCAUAUUUGUCAUUGAUAGUGCGGACAAACUGAGGAUGGUAGUAGCCAAAGAAGAACUGGAUACAUUACUAAACCAUCCUGACAUUAAACACAGAAGAAUCCCCAUCCUGUUUUUUGCUAACAAGAUGGAUGUCAGAGAUGCUCUAUCUUCAGUCAAGGUCUCACAGUUGCUCUGUUUGGAGAAUAUCAAAGACAAACCCUGGCACAUCUGUGCUACCGACGCUCUGAAAGGGGAAGGUUUGCAGGAGGGAGUCGACUGGUUACAAGAUCAAAUCAAAACAAUGAGAACAUGAGGGCGUGAAGAUGGACACACAGGAAGUAACAGCGUUCAUGGAAGUCUUUUAUAAAAGAUGGGUUGACCGUGCUUUCAGAGGUACCAUGAGAUAGUGGUGUUUUUAAAUGCGGUAAUUAGAUGGUUGUCCGAUGUGUGUGGUUCACUCGAAAAAGUUCGUGAUUUGAUUCUCUGAUACCAGAAAUGACAGUUAAAAAUGCAUCAGCUGACAGGCAGACUAUGUCCACAUACAAAUAAUAACACAUAAUUGUAAGAAAUCAAAUUUAUUUCCCGUUUCUCAAUAUCUUUGUGUAAGCAGCUCACAGGGAUCAUGAUAGCAAGUUAUUGUGGUUGAUGAUGUCUUCACUUUAGGGAUCAUGUAUACCUGGACUGUCUUGUAGAAAAGACGUGUCGUUGGCAGGGUGGUGUUUGAUUUUGUAUGUUUUAGCCCUUCAAGCAUCCCGUAGCUCUGAGAAAUAGUACGUGCCAGCUUCUCUGAAGAGACGAGCUGGUUGGUUCAAACUAGCUCUACAAAAUAUUAAUGACAUAAGCUCAAAGUCUUUUGACCUUUUUCUAUUUUUCUGUCCUAUUGGCUGGGAGUUUGGGAGUAAUUUAAGUGCACCUAGUAAACUCAGAAAUCUCAACUCAACUGGUCAUGAAAUUUGUUUAAAAUGGGAAAGUUUCUACCUCUUCUGUGAUUACUUUCUUGUUCUUUCUCUACAGCUUUUUUUAAUAACCAGAAGUUCAGAUCACAAUAAUAUCCCAUUCAUUCCUGCAUUGGCAAAUUUUUAAAACUUCAAACCAAAUUGUUAUUGGAAAAUUCCACAAUCUUCUUAUACAACAGGUUCAUUAUUAUAACAGUACAGCAAUGUUUGGAGUCGUUGUUCACAGUCUACAUAAAGCAGAAAGACACAGGAAUUGUACAGCUAAUAUGCACUCUUCAAUACUUGUUUAUUUAUGGAAAGUCAUGUUGUCACCACGCUAUUGAAAAAUGUUACCACGCAAUCCUCAUAUUUUGCAGGCCUACUAUGAUGUAUGAUCAUGUUCAUUUCCACUGCGCCCUUUCAAAAUAUACUCUGAUCUACAGUUAAAUGUGUCCAUCUCUGCGAUCUUUAUGUAAUCGGCUAAUACAUACAAAACAACCUGUAAGGAAGGUUCAUUAGAAAUUAUGUCCACCUCUGAAAUAUGCCAAAUACUCUUUUUUUUCCUUCUAUCCCUCAGUGUGUCUGUAGAUACGUUAUUCUUUGUGUUUGAAGCAUCACUGUACCUCAGUUAACUAUCGUUUACUUCUUCAGCAAAAGCAAAUUUGCUGGUAUUUGAUGACACAUACCAAAAACGUGGAUGCAUUCCAGCCCACACGUCUGUCUCGAGCUUGCCUGUAUGUCCAUCUCACAACAGUUAAAAAGCAACUCUACUGCAGCUUAUACUUCAAGCUUGCUCUUUUUCGAGUAGUUGUGAAAAUAUGUUUUGUAUAUUGAAAAUUAAGUGUUUUCCAGAACCUGAUAGAUUUUGUUAUACAUAUUGUUACUUGUGGCUAAGUGUUCAUAUAUAUUUAACCUUAACUAUAAGAAGUGAUAAAAUGAUAAUCAUAAAGUGGAUGUCGAAUGAAUUAGUUUGUUUAAAAAUCAAAGGCUACUUUUCAGCUAGUGUUUUUAUCUUUGCCUUAUUUCAUUGCUCAAGCAAAACAAAGAAAAGGCUUCUUACAAUUUACUCACGGUACUUCAGUGAUUCAGAGGCAGACAACAAAGAUCCUCUUCUUCGUUUUCUCUCUCUGAAAGCUUGCAUUUAAAACCACUUCUGUACAGAUCAGAGUGUGGGUUUUAUUUUUAGGUUUGUCAAGCCUCCAUCACCUCAACCAAGCAUCAUAGCAAGUCAGAAGUGUGUUGCUGUUUUUGAGUACUUUCAAGGCAAAAAAAACAUGUAUGAUAAAAAAUCUGUAAAACAACAGUCUUCUAUUUUAUAUACUCUGUGGUAUCUUGUUCAUAAAUAUCUCAACUGUAAACCAUAUAUUUAGGCCUACAUAUAUCACAUACUGCAGAAACUACAAAUACCCCGUAACACUUCAAAAUUGAAUCCUUUUGCACAGUAACGACCACUGGGGGACACCAAAGUCCAAAAUAUCCAAACCGUGCUCACAGUGGCUUCAAGGACACCUUUUUGUUUUUGUUUUUACGUUUUAUUUCGAAGACAAGAAGAGGGUCUUUGUGUGAUCACAUUUCGUGUUCUGUAUCUAUGACAUGUAUUCCAAAAUAAGGAUCCUCCGAGCACAGGUUCACUUUAGCAACAGAGACGUCGUGUAGACUGUUCCUUCAGACGGUGUCGUCAAAUGAGCUGUUUUAUUACAUUGUGUGUGUUAAUUUUCAAAGAAUAAAUGCUGUGGAAAAUGA